AUGGCGGACGCGGAAGUACUUAUUUUACCGAAGAAGCAUAAGAAGAAAAAGGAGCGGAAAUCCUUAGCAGAAGAAGAUGUAGCAGAAAUACAACACGCUGAAGAAUUUCUCAUCAAACCUGAAUCCAAAGUGGCUCAGUUGGACACAUCUCAGUGGCCCCUGUUGCUAAAGAAUUUUGAUAAGCUAAAUGUAAGGACAACACAUUAUACACCUCUUCCUUGUGGUUCAAAUCCUCUGAAGAGGGAGAUUGGGGACUAUAUCAGGACAGGUUUCAUUAAUCUUGACAAGCCUUCCAACCCCUCUUCCCACGAGGUGGUAGCCUGGAUCCGGCGAAUACUCCGGGUAGAGAAGACAGGACACAGUGGUACCCUGGAUCCCAAGGUGACUGGUUGUUUAAUAGUGUGCAUUGAACGAGCCACUCGCUUGGUGAAAUCCCAGCAGAGUGCAGGCAAAGAGUAUGUGGGAAUUGUCCGGCUGCACAAUGCUAUCGAAGGGGGGACUCAGCUUUCUAGGGCCCUAGAGACCUUGACAGGUGCCUUGUUCCAGCGACCCCCGCUCAUCGCUGCAGUAAAGAGGCAGCUCCGAGUGCGGACCAUCUAUGACAGCAAGAUGAUCGAGUAUGAUCCUGAAAGGAGAUUAGGAAUCUUCUGGGUGAGUUGUGAGGCCGGCACUUACAUUCGGACGCUGUGUGUACACCUUGGUUUGUUAUUGGGAGUUGGUGGUCAGAUGCAGGAACUCCGGCGUGUUCGUUCCGGAGUCAUGAGCGAAAAGGACCACAUGGUGACGAUGCACGAUGUGCUGGAUGCCCAGUGGCUGUAUGACAACCACAAAGAUGAGAGUUACCUGCGGCGAGUUGUUUACCCUUUGGAAAAGCUAUUGACAUCUCAUAAACGGCUGGUCAUGAAAGACAGUGCGGUGAACGCCAUCUGCUAUGGCGCGAAGAUCAUGCUCCCAGGCGUCCUCCGGUACGAGGACGGGAUCGAGGUCAACCAGGAGGUGGCGGUCAUCACCACCAAAGGGGAAGCUGUCUGCAUGGCUAUUGCAUUAAUGACCACGGCAGUGAUCUCCACCUGUGACCAUGGUAUCGUAGCCAAGAUCAAGAGAGUGAUCAUGGAGAGAGACACUUACCCUCGGAAGUGGGGUUUAGGUCCAAAAGCAAGUCAGAAGAGGCUGAUGAUCAAGCAGGGCCUUUUGGACAAGCACGGCAAGCCCACGGACAACACGCCUGCCUCCUGGACACAGGAGUACGUGGACUACAGGUAA